AGGUCUGAAAUGUGCGAGUUCCAGUGUGCGCUGCCUUGUGCUCGUCUCCUUUAACAUUGUGAGAGGCUGCCGCGUCACGGCCCAUGCAUCAUCCGACACACAUCACAUCUCAUGUGGAUCCCGAACAUAGUGCACCUCCGCCGCUUCAGCAUGCUCUUCACCACGGCGCAUUUCAUAAUCGAGCACUGAAGUCCCUCUGCUGUCUACGCUGAUCGCCAUUUCAUUCUUCAGAAUAUCGGAUUGCUUUCAAGAUGUCGCUGGCCGCGGUGGUGCUGCCGGUCCUCUCCCUGAUCCUGUCCUCUUGGCCGGUGAGUGCCAACGAGGACUGCCUGUGGUACGUUGACAAGAACGGCACGUGGCACAACGGCUUCGACUGCCCCAUGAUCACCCUCUGCUGUGGGAACUGCCACCGCCGCUACUGCUUGGACCCCUUCAAGAUGAUCACCGAGCGCGAGCAGAAGCGAUGCAUGCUCUUGCAGUUCAGCCCCACCACCAUAGCGGGUAUCGCCUCUUCCAUCCUGCUGUUUGUGGCCAUAAUCGCUACCAUGGUGUGCUGCUUCAUGUGCUCCUGCUGCUACCUGUACCAGCGCAGACAGCAGAGGGGACGCACGCCUUACGAUGAAUCACAGGAAGGUACUGUAUCCCUUCAGUUGGACAUGUGACUGCAUUGCUUUCUGAUUGGCUGCUGCGGCAAUGCUUUCUCAUUUGAUUGGCUGUUAUGAUUUGUAUUUUUAAUAACAGCACUGUGCUGUUUUUCCAUUAACCAAUAGCUUGCGUUGGUUUUCUAAAAUAUUUUUAAUAGGCGUCAUUACUGA